AAUAUUUUCCAGUUUCAUAAAAGUCGCCGGGACCAAUUUUUUCAAAAGUAGAAUUAGAAAAAAUGAAUCACGCCUUCCAAUAGAGAUAAGAGAGAGUAAAGAGAUUCAUCAGAUUAAGGAAUCUUUCUGGUGCGAAAACGAUGGGUUCCGUCGAAGAAGAAGAAGCGCCUCUCAUCGAACAAGGUUUAAUCUCACAGGAACCAAAAUUGUAUGCCGAAGAUGGUUCAGUGGAUCUCCAUGGAAACCCACCUCUGAAGGCUAAAACAGGCAACUGGAAAGCUUGCCCUUUCAUUUUAGGCAAUGAAUGCUGCGAGAGGCUAGCUUACUAUGGCAUCGCUGGCAACCUAAUCACUUACCUCACCACCAAACUACACCAAGGAAACGUUUCCGCUGCUAGAAACGUCACCACGUGGCAAGGCACUUGCUAUCUCACCCCUCUCAUCGGUGCUGUCUUAGCCGAUGCUUACUGGGGCCGAUACUGGACCAUCGCUUGCUUCUCCGGCAUUUACUUCAUCGGCAUGUCUGCACUAACUCUCUCAGCUUCAGUUCCAGCACUGAAGCCAGCAGAAUGCAUUGGCACCUUCUGUCCAUCAGCAACACCAGCUCAGUACGCAAUGUUCUUCGGCGGUCUUUACCUGAUCGCCCUCGGCACCGGAGGUAUCAAACCAUGCGUCUCCUCCUUCGGUGCAGACCAGUUCGACGACACUGACUCGCGGGAACGCGUCAGAAAAGCCUCCUUCUUCAACUGGUUCUACUUCUCCAUCAACAUCGGAGCGCUGGUGUCCUCUAGCCUUCUGGUUUGGAUCCAAGAGAACCGUGGGUGGGGUUUAGGGUUUGGUAUACCGACCGUGUUCAUGGGUCUAGCCAUUGUGAGUUUCUUCUUUGGCACACCUCUUUACAGGUUUCAGAAGCCUGGAGGCAGCCCUAUAACUCGUAUCUCCCAAGUCGUGGUGACCUCUUUCCGUAAAUCGACUCUCGAAGUCCCUGGAGACGCUAUGCUUCUGUAUGAAACGCAGGACAAGAACUCUGCUAUUGCUGGAAGUCGAAAGAUCCAACAUACCGAUGAUUGCCAGUAUCUUGACAAAGCUGCUGUUAUCUCAGACGAAGAAUCGAAAUCAGGAGACUUCUCCAACUCGUGGAGACUAUGCACUGUCACUCAAGUGGAAGAACUCAAGAUUCUGAUCCGUAUGUUCCCAAUAUGGGCUUCUGGUAUCAUCUUCUCAGCUGUAUACGCUCAGAUGUCAACCAUGUUUGUUCAACAAGGCCGAGCCAUGGACUGCAAGAUAGGCUCCUUCCAGCUUCCUCCAGCUGCGUUAGGGACAUUCGACACCGCUAGCGUCAUCAUCUGGGUCCCUCUCUACGACAGGUUCAUCGUCCCGUUAGCUAGACGUUUCACCGGAGUAGACAAAGGUUUCACAGAGAUACAAAGAAUGGGAGUAGGCCUGUUCGUCUCUGUUCUAUGCAUGGCGGCUGCAGCGAUCAUUGAGAUCAUCAGGCUCCGUUUAGCUAACGAGCUCGGGUUGGUUGAGUCCGGAGCCCCGGUUCCUAUAUCGGUCUUAUGGCAGAUUCCGCAGUACUUCAUCCUCGGUGCAGCGGAAGUGUUUUACUUCAUUGGUCAGCUUGAGUUUUUCUAUGAUCAGUCUCCGGAUGCGAUGAGGAGUUUGUGCAGUGCUUUGGCUCUUUUGACCAAUGCUCUUGGGAACUACUUGAGUUCGUUGAUCCUCACGCUUGUGACUUACUUCACGACGAUGAAUGGUGGACAAGGUUGGAUCUCGGAUAAUCUGAAUACGGGUCAUCUUGAUUACUUCUUCUGGCUCUUGGCUGGUCUUAGCCUUGUCAACAUGGCGGUUUACUUCUUCUCUGCGGCUAAGUAUAAGCAGAAGAAGGCUUCCUAGUGAGGAUGCGUUCUCUCUCGCCUUUUAUAUUACACACAAACUUUUGGUUCUUUCCAUGUGUAAUUGUCUGUAUUGCAGUACUUUUUCCUUAAAUUUCAUAAGUUAAAAGUUACACUUGCAUUUGCAAUAUAAAUCAAUUACUUACCAAUAA